GUCUUCCUCCAGGUGCCAUGCCUCUGCAAUUCCUCCUGCUGCUGACCCUGCUGGGCCCUGGCAGCAGCCUCCAGCUGUGGGAGAGCCGGGAGGAUGGAGCCAAGGAGUCCCCAGGCCCCCUGCUUGCCCGGGGCCGGAGGCAGGUGUCCACAGAUAACUUCAACGAUGAGUAUGAUUAUCAUACAGACGCUCCAGAAAUGCUUGACAGUAGCACAGAGGCUGUGACCCUGAGCCCCAAGCUUCAGGCUAUGAUGGGAAAAUUGGGGCAAAGAGAUUCUGCAGGGACUGGUACUCCAGGGCUAGCCACUCUGGAGGUGGCCACUGGGAACUCUGCUGACUUGGAUGCAGGAAGGACAGCCAUUGGGAAUCUGAGCACAGAAUUGGCCACCCAGGGGAUUCCUGUCACACUGGGUCCUCUGACCAAAGAACUGGUAACUACAAUCCCUCCCACCAUGGAGUCUCUAUCCACAGCGCUGGCCACCACGAAGGCCCUAGCCAUGGUGCCAGCAGCCACGGAGGCCCUGCCCAUGAAAUCCACUGUCAUGGAGGCCCUGUCCACAGGACCAGCAGCCACAGAGGUACUGACCACGCAGCCUGCAGCCACGGAGGCACGGACCAUGCAACCCACAGCCACGGAGGCACUGACCACGCAACCCGCAGCCACGGAGGCACUAACCACGCAACCCGCAGCCACGGAGGCACUGACCACAGAACCCGCAGCCACGGAGGCACUGACUGUGGAAUCCACUGUCAUGGCCCUGUCCACAGGACCAGCAGCCACAGAGGUACUGACCACGCAACCCGCAGCCACGGAAGCACGGACCACGCAACCCGCAGCCACGGAGGCACUGACUGUGAAAUCCACCAUCAUGGAGGCCUUGUCCACGGAACCCGCAGCCACGGAGGCCCUGUCCACAGGACCAGCAGCCACGAAGGCUCCAUCCACAGAACCUGCUACCACAAGGGGCCUAACCACAGCCCUUCUCAUGUUCUCUCAUCCUCACAGGGGCACCACUGUAUCAGCCAGCAAUUCAACGGAUAGUUUCAUCAACCAUGAGAGAAAGAGUCCAGGUCUUUCCUCCCAGACCUCUGUGGCCCCCAGCCCCACAGGGGGCCCGGAUUACAUCUCCGUGAAGCAGUGCUUGCUGGCCAUCCUCAUCCUGGCACUUGUGGCCACCGUCUUCCUUGUGUGCACCGUGGUGCUGGCUGUCCGCCUCUCCCGCAAGAGCCACAUGUACCCCAUACGCAAUUACUCGCCCACCGAGAUGGUCUGCAUCUCAUCCCUACUGCCUGAGCGGGGCGAGGGGCCCACAGCCACAGCCAACGGGAGCCUACCCGCCAAGAGCCAUCUCCUAAAGGAGGAGCCCGGCGAGGACCGUGAGGGGGAUGACCUCACCCUGCAUAGCUUCCUCCCUUAGCUUCCUCCCCGCCUAACCCCUUGAGCAAGACCCCCUGCCUCCUCGCUGCAGCCCGCUGGGCUACCGCUGAGCCUCAGGGCUCUACUCCACAAAUCCGGGCUUUGUCAGAGCCCCCUGGGGAUGGGGAACUUUAAGGCAGGGCCCCCAAGUGCUCCAACGGGACGGAGAGCAGCCAAGGUCCCCCCUCCCUCCUGGCUGCUGGAGUCUCAUACCCACGCAUCCAGGGAAGAAUCAGAGUUCCCUGCCCCCACCCCACCACCACUGUCUUCUGUUACAUGCACUUUGUCAUGUACCAUGCAUUUUGGGGAUGCACACGUCCUUGAGGACAUUGCCUGUUGUUAUCCCCAUGGAAGCAGCUUGAGUUUUCUUGGAUACCUUUCUAAGGAGCCCAGGGUGAGGUCUCAGCCUGGGAGGGCUGAGGCAGGCUUGGAGAGCCCAACGUGACACCCUUCUUUGAGACUGGGUGCCAAUGAGCUUCCUUCUGGCAACAGAGCAACCCCCACCCUGCCCU